AUGUUUGGUGGUCAAUUUGGUUCAUUCGGUGCAAAACCAGCUGCAACUGCAUCACCAUUCGGUGCUCCAUCCGCUGCACCAACAACUUCAUUGUUUGGUUCAACAGCUCCAUCAUCAGGAUUUGGAGGAUUUGGAUCAACAGCACAGACAACACAACCAACAACAGGUGGAUUUGGAGGAUUUGGUGGAUUUGGAGGAGCAACAACUACACAGCAACCAGCAGCAAGUCCAUUUGGUGGUGGAGGAACAGGUGGUAGUGGAUUAUUUGGAUCAUCAGCACAAACAACAACACAGCAACCAGGUGCAAGUCCAUUUGGUGGUGGAUUUGGUACAACUACUACAACAACUACACAGCAACCAGGCGCAAGUCCAUUUGGCGGAACAGGUGGUGGAUUAUUUGGAUCAUCAGCACAAACAACAACACAACAACAAGGUGCAAGUCCAUUUGGUGGAUUUGGAGGAGCAACUACAACACAACCAUCAUUAUUAUCAGGUGCCACUGGUGGUUUUGGUGGUUUUGGUGGUUCUACAACUUCAGGUACUCAAUUAGGUGGUGGUGGUGGUGCAACAAGUGGUGCAUUUGGUGGUUCAUCAAGUCCAUUUGGUGGUAGUGGUGGUGCAACCACAUCAAGUCCAUUUGGUGGUGGUGGUGGUAGUUUCGGAGCAACCACUCAAAAACAAUAUGGAACACCAAUUCCAUAUCAACAAACUACAAUUGAAGGUAAUACAUUCGUUUCAAUCUCUGCUAUGCCACAAUAUAACGAUAGAUCAUUUGAGGAAUUAAGAUUUGAAGAUAUCACUCAUAGAAAGGAUAUAGUUUAUAAGACAGGUGGUGGCAGUGGUGGUGGUAACUCAUUGUUUGGUUCAACUCCAACCACUCAACCUUCAUCACCAUUUGGUGCACAAACAACAACUCAAACCACUGGAGGUUUAUUCGGUGGUCAAACUACUACCUCACCAUUUGGUGGUCAAACUUCAGCCACUCCAGGUUCAUCAUUAUUUGGUUCAACACAACCAACUCAACAACAAACUAGUGGUGGUUUAUUUGGUUCAGUACAACCAACCCAACAACAAGCUGGUGGUGGUUUAUUCGGUUCAAUGCCAAGCACAGGUGGUUCAUCAUUAUUUGGUUCAACACAACCAACUCAACAACAAACUGGUGGUGCACAACCAACACAAUCAUUAUUUGGUGGACAAACUCAAACAACCACUUCACCAUUUGGUAGUCAAACCUCCACACCAUUUGGUCAACCUCAACAAACUAAUACUGGAAGUGGAUUAUUCGGUGCUCAACAAACUCAACAAACUAAUACUGGAGGUGGAUUAUUCGGUGCCCAACCAACUCAACAAACUAGUGGUGGUGGAUUAUUCGGUACUCAACCAACCUCUGGAACUGGGUUGUUUGGUACGUCACCAACAGCAGGAGGUACAGGUUUAUUUGGCACAACACAACCAACAUCCCAAGGUACAGGUUUAUUUGGUACAACACAACCAACAACUCAAGGUACCGGUUUAUUUGGUACAUCACCAACCUCUGGUACAGGUUUAUUUGGUUCAACACCAACCUCUGGUACAGGUUUAUUUGGCUCAACCCCAACAUCUGGUACAGGUUUAUUUGGUUCAGCUCAACCACCACAAAAUCAACAAUCUCAAACUUCACUCUUUGGUAAUACAGGUACAGGUGCAACCAACACUGGCACUGGUCUAUUUGGUUCAGCUCAACCAUCAUCAAACCCAGGUGGUGGUUUAUUUGGUUCAGCACAACCAUCAACUACUACAGGUGGUCUUUUCGGAUCAAACCAACCAACAGCACAACCAACAACUUCAUUAUUUGGAAAUACCACUGGUUCAGUUGGUGGUUUGGGUGCAACACCAAACAUAACCAGUGGAUUAUUUGGUUCAAACCCAGCACAAACUGGUGGAUUAUUUGGUUCAACACAACCAACCACCCAAACUUCACUCUUUGGAAAUACAGGAUCAACUGGUGGUUUAGGUGCACAAAAUGGUGGUGGAUUAUUUGGUAAUCUUUCACAACCAACCGCAACUGCUGGUCAAGGAUUAUCAGGUGGAUUAUUUGGUAAUCUUUCACAACCUACUGCAACCGCUGGUCAAGGUUUAUCAAGUGGUGGAUUGUUUGGUAAUACAUUAUUAGGUCAACCAAGUACACAGGGUUUAUCAAGUGCCCUUCCAACAUUGGGUUUAGGUUUAAUGGGAGGUCAACCACAACAAACUCAACAACUUCCACAAGGCUCAUUGAUGUUACAACAAACUCAACAACCACUUCAACAACAACCACUCCAACAACAACAACAACCACUCCAACAAUCAACCAUCCAAUUAAAUAAUCAAAUCAAUUCCGCUUCACCUUAUUUCCCAAUUUCAUCACCAGCACCAUUUGCAACAUUUGUUAAGGAUUUAACAUCAACUUCAAAAGUUGUUUCACCACCAUCUUACACUCAAAGAUCCUUAUCACAUCAUGGUUAUAUUCCAAAAUCAACCACUAAAUUAGUACCAAGAAGAGGCCCAAACAAUGUAGAUCUAGGUUUUUCAGUUAUACAAAAUCAAAAUGGUUUAUUCCCAAUUGAUAAAUUUAUUACUAAACAUUCAAAAUCUUUAAAUAUUAAUACUACAAAUGAAACUGAAGAUACUUUAAGAUCAUUAAAUACAAAGAGUUCUUCAUUAUUUAAUAAUAAUAAUAAUAAUAAUAAUAAUAAUAACAAUAGAAAUGUUAAUACAAAUGUUAACGAUUAUCAAAAUAAUGGAUUACCAUCUUCUUCACUUUAUAAUAGUAAUAUUAAUCAAUUAAGUAACAACAACAAUAAUAAUAAUAAUAUUUAUAAUAAUAACAAUAAUAAUAAUAUUAACAACAAUAAUAACAAUAAUAAUAUUUCAACUCAAUUUAAUUUAAGAAAUAAUCAAUCAUCAUCUGAUAAUCUUAAUAAUGAUAAAUCUUUAUCAUCCUCUUCAUCAAAUAAAUCACAACAACAACAACAAAAAGAACAAAAAGAAGAACAACCACCAAAACCAAUUAAAGAAAAAGAAUUUAUAAAUCCAAAUGCACCAAAAUUAACAAGAGAUGGUUAUCAAUGUGUCCCAUCAAUUAAAGAAUUAUCAAAGAAAACUGAUAAGGAAUUAUCAUCAGUUCAAGGUUUUACAAUUUCAAGAGAUGGUUGUGGUUCAAUUUAUUUCCCUGGUUCAACAAAUUUGGUUGCAUUAGAUUUAGAUGAUAUCGUUGAUAUUGAACCAAGAGAAGUAUCAGUUUAUAAGGAUGAAGAAACUAAACCAGAGAUUGGAUAUGGUUUGAAUCGUGAUGCCGUUGUUACAUUGGAGAAUUGUUGGCCAAAGAAUAAAAAUGGUGAAGUAGUUAAAGAGGAUGGUACCAUUUUAGAUAAAUAUGAAAAUGCCUUAAAGAAAGUUUCUGCUAAAUCUGAUUGUGGUUUCGUUUCUUAUUCAAGAUCAAAUGGUACUUGGGUAUUCACUGUUAAACAUUUUAGUAAAUAUUCAGCACCAGAUUUUGAUGAAGAUGAUCAACAAAUGCAACAACAAACUCAACAAAAACAACAACAAACUCAACCAUCAAAAGUUACAUUUCAACAACCAUCAACCAAAUUGACUAAACCAAAAUUCACAGCAAAUCUCGAUAAUUUUGACUCUGAUUCUGAAACAAGUUCAGGUGAUGAAAAUCAAGAUGAAAUGGUUCCACAAAAGAAAACACCAUUUAUUAAAAGAGUAUCAAAUAGAGAGUCAGGAUUAUUUGAUACACCAUCAGUUGUACCAAUGUCUGAAAAAAUUGAAACAACACCAUCAAAGAUUGCAAGAGUAUCGGAACCAACAUCUCAAUCGAGUAGAAUGAGUAACAACGCAUUAAAGUUUUCAACAUUUAAUCCACAACAACAACAACUACAAUCAUCAAGAUUUAAAUCUACUGGUUUAUCAAUCCUUUCAAAUCCAGUUAAAAAUUUGAUUCAAUCAGAUGUUAACAAUGAACAAUCAAUGUUUUCCAAUACCACCACUACCAGUACCACUAGAAUUCAACCAUUACCAUCACAACAACACUUAGUACAACCAAUACCGACUACAAUUUCAUUAAAUAAAAAUUAUUUUUCAAAGGUUAGAAUUGAUCCACAAGUUUAUGAUCGUAUUGUACCAAAAGAAGAAUCAAUUACCAAUCAAUAUAGAAUGAAAAAUGAACGUUUAAAUCAUAGUACUCAAGAUGUAUCAUUAUUUAUGAGAAGAUCAUUUAGAGUUGGUUGGGCACCUGGUGGUAAAUUAAUUUCAAUCACAAAGAGCUCCUUUAAGAAUUUAUUGAUUAAAAAGUUACCAACCGAUACAAAGGAGGAUAAAAAAGAAUCAAUCAUCAAAUUCUUAAAGAAUCAUCAUUCACAUAGCAGUUUAGUACCAGAGAAUUUGAAAUCAAUUGGUUGGUUCUCAAUUUCAAAUGUUCAAGAACAAAUUGAAUCACAAUUAACCCUAAAUGUUCCAUCAAGUCAAUCGGUUUACUAUAAUAGAAUUUGGAGUUUAAUUUCAAAUCUUUGGGGUAACGUUUUAAAAGGCAAUGGUAGUAAAUAUAUAAACACCAACUACUCUGAAGAUACCAUUAGAAAGUUAAAUCUCAAUCAAUGGUUAAAGGAUGUCAUUGCUCCAUUGCUUAGAGAUGAAAUGGAUUCUCUUAGAAAAAAGACAAAUUCAAAUUAUCUCGAACAAAUUUUCUCUUAUUUAUCUGCUAAACAAAUUAAAGAAGCCUCUGAUUUAGCAAAUGAAAAUAAAGAUUUUAGAUUGGCAACUAUGAUGUCUCAAAUUUGGUCUUCAAGUGAAUCUGGUAAAGAGUUGAUUUUAAAGCAAUUAACAACCUAUCAUUCAAAUGGUUCCGAUGAAUUUAUAAAUGAGAAAAGAUUAGAAAUUUUACAUUUAAUUGCUGGUAGUGUUAAUAAGAUUUAUAAGAAUCUAAAUGAUUGGAUUAGAUGUUUUGCUGUUAGUUUUUGGUUUAAAUAUUCUUUGGAAUAUAGUAUUGAAGAUUCAGUUGAAAAUUUUGAAAGAUCUUUCAAUGCUCAUAGAUCAGUUUAUCCAUUACCACCUUAUUUAAUUAAAUCAACCUCCACCAAUAGUAAACAAAUUGAAGAACAACAACAUUAUUAUGAUAUUUGUUUCUUAUUAUUAAAGUUAUUUGCUGUAAAUCGUGGUUCAUCACAUUUUGAUAAGUUUAAGAAUAUUUUUUAUCCAGAGAAUAUUGGUCAAGAUUUAUUGGAUUAUCAUUUAUCUUGGAAUUUAUAUACCGUUUUAAAAUCAAUUCCAUCAUUAAACAAACAACCAGAUCUUGUAAAUGCAAGUAACCUUCAUAGUUCUUUUGCUUUACAACUUGAAAGAUUAGGUCUAUGGCAAUGGUCAAUCUAUGUUUUACUUCAUACUCCAGACCAAUCCAAUCAUGUUAGAGAAGAAGCUGUCAAAUCAUUGAUCGCUAGAGCUGCACCAGUUAUUACAUCAGAAGAUAGAGUGUUCCUAACUACAAAAUUACAUAUUCCAGAGAUUUGGAUCGAUGAAGCUAAAGCAUGGUACUCUGGUUACGAUUGUAAUAAUGAUAUUUAUGAUCAAAUCGAUGCUCUCUUCAAGUCAUACCAAUACACAAAGAUUCACGAUAUCAUUUUCUCAAAUAUUGGUCCAAACUAUAUCAUUCAAAAGAGAUAUCAUUCACUCAAAGAUUUACUCAUUAGAUUGGAGCCUCACUCUUCUUUUAUCUCCACUUGGAGAUAUGGUGGUUCCAUCUUUUUAGAAUUUGCCGAUAUUUGUAUUCAAUACAAAGAGAUACUUUCUCAACUCUCCAAUACUGCAGAGGAAAUUCAACGUACCAAAUAUUAUGUUAACCUUAAAGAUAUUACCACUAGAAUCGUUAAUAUCUUAUCUGAUAUUUCAAAAAUCACUCAAUCCUCUGAAAUUAAAAAUACUAGCGCCUCAUACAAACAAUCUCUUUCAUUUAUGUCUGAAGCUCUCAUCACUAAAGCUUCUCUUUUAAGAGAUCUACCUGAAAGUAUUGUAAAAUUGGUUUCAACAAAUAAUUUAGUUUCAACUUUAAAUUCUUUGCCAUUAACUCAAGAUUAUAGAUCUAAAAAUUUAGAAUCUUUAACUGAUCAAAUUCAAGAUACUUUAUUAAAUUCAAUUUAUCAAUAA